UUCUGCUAUUAAUAUAUGUUUAUAUCAGUAUUUAAUAUCUGUGAAAUGAUAGAUUUAAUUUUAUCAAGAAACAAUGUUUAUGUAUGGAGUGCAGAAGAUUGGUUAAAACUUAGAAAAGAUUAUCGAAUAAUUGGAGAAUUCAUUGGUUGUCUUCCAAAGAAACCAAGACAAGAUAUAUUUUUAGGUCUUCCAUUACUCUUACAGCCAGAAGAAGUAUCUCUUUUACUUGAAAAAAAAAUUGCAAGGCUUAUACAAUAUUCAUGUUUUCAAAAAGCACCAUCUGAUUCUUUAAAACAAAUUUUUGAAGAAUAUAGAAAUAUAUUAUAUGCUGAACAAGAAAAAUGUUUAAGGAGAGAAAGACAAAAACAGGUAAUUGGUAUGAUGGAUAAAAUUAUAGAAGGAAAAAAACGAAAAAUACUUGGGAUAGAAACAAAAAAGAAGAAAACAAAAAAAUCAUUAUCAGAUCCAAAAGUACAAGCAGCAUUAAAUAAUAUUGAGAUAAAUAGACAGGAUCUAUUAGAAGAAGAAAUGGCAAAAUUACCUAAAUUAGAUAAAAAUGAAGCUUUGAUUCAGAUUCAUACAGUGUAUCCAUGGAUAGAUAAAGAUAUCAAAAUAGUAGAAUGGAAAUAUCCCUUUAAUUAUAAACAACAACUUCGAUAUAAAACAUAUCAAGAUUUAUGGGAAAAAGGAUAUUAUGUGUCAAGUGGAGAAAAAUUUGGAGGAGAUUUUUUAGUAUAUCCUGGAGAUCCUAUUAUGUUUCAUUCUCAAUUUAUAAUUUUAUGUAAACAUGAAAAUGAAGAAAUUCCAAUAACUGAACUUUCAGCACAGUGUCGAAUUGCUUGUCAUGUUCGAAAAACACAAGUGUAUGCUUUCUUUUCUGAAAAUCAAAAUAUAAAAUAUCAAUCAUUUCAAUGGGCAGAAAAUGCUAUGCUUGAAAAUAUUUAAAUUUUACAAAAAAAUUAAUAACUUUUUUUCUUAUUUAUAUCUUUAAUUUACAAUUAAUUCAAAUAAUACAAUAUAAGUAUUUUCACUUAAAGAGUAUCAAUCAAUACAAAUCUAUUAUGUUGUGAUUCAGGAAUAACAUUAAAAUAUUUUUUAUAUAUAA